AUGAAGACAUCGCAGAAGAGGAGCGGCGAAAGGGGUGGCGAAGGAUAUCGACCACAAUAUGAGUCCAAACACAGAAAGAGACACAAUAGCCAGAGUCCGAACUUACAGUAUGUCUCCGAUGAGAACCACUCGACUCGCGAGGAAUACGAAGAGGAAGAAGAAGAAGACGAGAUGUUAGACGAGACCAAUGAGGAAGGGCUCGAUAUAAAGCCAUCGCAACACAAGGCGUCCACUUAUUCCCGGCAUAAGAACUAUUCGGUUGAUUAUAAUUAUAGAAAUACUUACGAAAAAAGUUUGAAUCGAUCGACAAAAGAGUCGCCUUUUGAGAGACCGAAAGACAGAUAUCGAGACAAACACCGCAACAGAAGUCGAUAUUCAUAUAACAAGAGCGUAAAAAGUGAAGACUUUAGACGCCGGCGACGGGAAGACGAGACCGAAGUAAACGUCAAUCGAAACAGAAAUCAAAACACCGAUAAACAGACUCUUUCCGAGCGUUGGAUGGGUUUAGACGAUAAGAAUAGUUCCGGCGAUAACUGGAGGUCUAAGCGCAGUGGCAGUGGACUGACAACCAGUCGAUCGGCUAAACAAAAGCAUAACAAAGAGUUAGAGCCGAGUCGUGAGAGAUUACAAAAAUCUCUACAAAUGGACAGAAGUGUGAAUAAAGUAAUGGACUCUUCAAACACAUUGUCAACGGUUAGUGUCAAACAGACGCCAAAGAAGUUGAAUGAAAUGCUUGACUGGCAAGAGGUAGAGAUGAGUGAAGAAGCGAGGGUUAGUGAUGAACACAGUGUUACCCAUGGAAGUGAUGUCUCGGAAUCCGAUGAUAACGAACCACCGGUAGAAUUAGGAGACGACAUGAGCGACGAUUUGCCCGAUUAUUAUCCGGCAAUACAGGGCUGUCGUAGUGUCGAUGAGUUUGAGCGCAUUAAUCGCAUAGAAGAGGGAACGUAUGGAGUGGUGUACAGAGCGAGGGAUCGGCGGACCAACGAAACGGUCGCUCUUAAGAGGUUGAAGAUGGAGAACGAGAGCGAAGGCUUUCCCAUCACUUCGUUGCGCGAAAUCAACACUCUAUUGAAGGCAAAGCACGAGAACAUUGUGGCCGUCCGGGAGGUUGUGGUCGAUGUUAAUGUGGAUAACAUAUUCAUUGUCAUGGAGUUUGUCGAACACGACCUCAAGAGUCUUAUGGAUGCCAUGAAACAGCCCUUUCUGUUGGCCGAAGUCAAGUGUUUGAUGCGACAGUUGCUGCGAGCUAUGGCUCAUCUGCACGACAACUGGAUUAUUCACCGCGACUUAAAGCCAUCCAAUGUGUUGGUCACUUGCAAUGGGGUACUCAAAGUGGCCGACUUUGGUUUGGCCCGAGAGUAUGGCUCAUCUCUCGAAGCGUACACUCCUGUUGUGGUCACCCUUUGGUAUCGUUCGCCGGAACACUAA